UAUCCUCCUUUUUUUAUUUAUUCAUUUAUUUAUUUAAUGUUGAUAUACUUGAAAAAACCUCAUGGCAUCACCCAGCGUGUGUUUCAACUCGCAAAACGUACUUCUUCAUGUUGCUCUCAUAAACAACAAAAGCAGUCUGUUACAAGUACUCAGUUUUGGUCUGACCCAGCUGUACUACAGGGGACUUUGCUACCAUGUGGUAUUUACAACUGCAUUAUCCCGAGCUAUCGCCUGUGAUGAGUACAGCUGCAGCUAUGUUUGCUGGUAUUUCUACCUCAUUAGCAUUAGAGACAGUUUUGUUAAGGCGAUCGAUGAAAGUACCUUAUUCAGCUGCAUUCAGAGCAGCCAUGGGUAUGAGUUUUGUCUCUAUGCUUGUGAUGGAAUUAUCCGAAAACCUGAUGGAUUGGCAUCUGAUGGGAGGUCAAGUCUUAUUUCAUGAUCCCAAGUUUUGGAUGGCAGCAGCCGCCAGUACUGCUGUAGGAUACAUUGUGCCACUUCCUUAUAAUUAUUGGCGUCUUAAAGCAUUAGGAAAAGCUUGUCAUUAAACAUUUAUUGCUCGAGAUGCAUUGUUUCUAGUAAAGUAGAACUCAUCUUCUUGA